AUGCAGAUGGAGGGAGGAAGGGAGGGUAUUGCAGUGGCGCCCGGAGGUGGUGGCCAUGAAUCCGGCGGCCAUGGCAUGUUCAGAGCAGCAGCAGCAGCAGCAGACAUCGCCAUGGCGGAGGCGCAAGAAGAAGCAGCAGUGAAGGGGUACCAGUCCUCUCCGUCGACGUCCCCCACGCCGUCGCCGCCACCACCGGCUGCGGCUGCGGCUGGCCACGCCGGGGACGCCGCCGCGACUCCGCUUGCCUGGAGCUUGGGCGGCGAGGAGAAGCCGAGUGGCGCCGCGGGGGACAACAACGGCAUGCAGACGGCCGGGCAGAGCGGCGAGCACGCCAGCCUCAGCUCCGGGCGCCGCCGCGGCCGCCCGCGCGGCUCCGGGAGGCGCCAGAUCCUCGCCACUCUAGGGGAAUGGUACGCGAUGUCAGCCGGAGGGAGCUUCACGCCUCAUGUCAUCAUCGUGGGUACUGGGGAAGAUGUGGCGGCGCGCAUCAUGUCGUUUUCUCAGAAAGGUCCACGCUCGGUCUGCAUCCUCUCUGCCAACGGGACAAUCUCUAAUGUAACACUGAGGCAGCCGGAUGCAUCUGGUAGCACCUUCACCUAUGAGGGCCGUUUCGAGAUUCUGCAGCUGAUGGGCUCCUUCACAAUGGCUGAGGAAGGUCGGAGGAGAACCGGCGGGCUCAGUGUUUCCCUUGCUGGCCCUGAUGGCCGUGUAGUUGGUGGCGUAGUGGCUGGGAUGCUGCGUGCUGCAAGUCCUAUACAGGUGAUCGUUGGAAGCUUCCUGCCCAACAGCCUGAAGCAGCAUCAGAGGAGGAUGAGCAUGCAGCAGCAACCCUCCCCCGUUUCACCAGCGUUACCAGCACUUGUGGCGCCCCCACCGGUGCUCACCACAGCCACACCAAUCUCUCAGGCAGGUCCGGGGAACGGGUUCCACGCACCGCCACCCUCGGCCACACCUCCCCAGCCCCACGCCAGCGCCAUGAACCUGAACUCGACGGGCUUCACCAUGGUUGGUUGGCCUGCAAGCUCGCCGCAGCCCUUGGCAUACAGGGCUUCACCUGACAUCAACGUCAGCUUGACUCCCCAGGAGUAGGAUCACUGGUCGCGACAGUUCGUCUUUGGUUUUUUUGUUCACCCUCAGUGCUGACACAUUUUGGGAGGGAGGGAGGGAGGAAGUAAGCUAGAAUGAUGAACUCAUGUUAAGUAGUCAAGAUAGAGUGUGGCAGAUGCUCUGAACGAGAAUGAACUAAUCUGUGUUACUUUAGGUAGGAGGUGCCAACUUGUUGGGUUACUGCUGUUGCUUUUGGCCAUGACUGGCAGUUGAUUUAGUUCUAGUCCUUUUCAAUUUUUUUGUCUUUCUGCCCUGCAGCCGUGCUUGUUGGAUUUGUGGCGUCGUGCUAUUUAGCCUGUUCUGUUAAUGGUGAAUCUGCUGAUGAUAGAGGAACCAACUGAUGAUGAUCAAA